AUGACAACCGAUCAAAAGUCUAAAGAUUUUUUUAUCGGCGUGGACGUAGGGACGGGCUCAGCUCGAGCAGCCCUUGUAGCCUGCAAUGGCCAAAUCGUAGCCGAGUCAACUUACCCAACGACCACCUAUAGGGACGAUCACAAUCAUGACAUCUUCGAGCAAUCGACAACUGAGAUUUGGAACUCGAUUGCCAAGGCCUGUAAAGAUUGUUUGAGGGACGCCAAGGUCGGGCCAGAACAAGUCAAAGGAAUUGGUUUCGAUGCGACCUGUUCACUGGCGGUUACCACCUUCGAAGGUGAGCCGAUGUCGAUCACUCAAGAUCAAUGGGGUCCUGGAGAAUCCAAGAGGAACAUCAUCCUCUGGGCAGACCAUCGGGCCCGCGAUGAAGCCAACCUGAUCAAUUCCUGCGGCAGUCCGUUCUUGCAAUAUGUCGGAGGGACAAUGAGCUUAGAGAUGGAGAUCCCUAAGGUGCUUUGGUUGAAAAGACACAUGCCGCAUCAACUUUUCAAUCAAUCCAUGUUUUUCGAUUUGCCUGAUUUCUUGACUUAUCGAGCAACUGGUAAUCUAGCCCGGUCCAACUGCUCAUUAGUUUGCAAAUGCUCUUAUGUUCCUCCUGAGGUUGAAGGUCAUAAAGGUUGGAAUGCCGAUUUCUUUAGGAAGAUUGGACUGCCCGAAUUUGUUGAAACCGACUUCAAACAGGUAGGCGGUUCUCCCGGAAAACAAGGAUUAAUUCUGACUGCCGGACAGCCCGUUGGUAUGGGUCUCACUGCGAAAGCAGCCGGCGAUCUGGGGUUACUACCAAGCACGCCAGUUGGCUCGGGUGUCAUUGAUGGAUAUGCUGGUUGGAUGGGUGUCGUCGCUGCGAAGAUGGAAGGUGAAAAGGACAGCGAUCUCGGGACGAGUCAGCACCGGCUAUGUGUGAGCGCUGGCACUAGCACCUGCCAUAUCGUCCAGAGUCCAGAUCCUGUUUUCGUCCCAGGUGUUUGGGGCCCUUACUUGCACGCAGUCUUCCCUGGAUAUUGGAUGAAUGAAGGCGGACAAUCUUCGACCGGACAAUUGUUAGAUUUCAUUAUUGAUACCCAUCCAGCGGUCAACAAAGUUAAAGAUUUGGCGCAAGCAAAAGGUGUCGAUCAUUUUGUAUUUCUCAACGACACUUUGAAGCAAGCCCAACAAGACAAAAAAGCACCUUUCUUGACUUAUCUCACCAAAGAUUAUUAUUUAUAUCCGGAUCUACAUGGGAAUAGAUCUCCCUUGGCUGAUAGCGCUAUGAAGGGCAUGCUCAUUGGGAUGUCACUCGACAAGGGUGUAAUGGAUUUAGCCUUACGGUACUUGAUCACUUGCGAAGCAAUUGCUUUACAGACCCGACAAAUCGUGGACAAGAUGAACGAUCAAGGCCAUAACAUCAGCGCGAUCUUCAUGUCAGGCGGGUUAGUCAAGAAUGCUGUCUUGAUGCAGUUGAUAGGUAAGGUUACACGUCGCGUGUCGAUUGAUGGUGUGCGACCAAAUCCCAGCCUGAUCAUGAAUUCUGUGUUGAACUCGAUGGUAAUAACUAUCCAGCAAACAUAUGUGAUGUCCCGAUUCAACUGCCAGCUUCACAUUCGGCUUCAGUUGUUUUGGGUUCAGCCAUGUUGGGAAAGGCCGCCUAUGUAUCCACUCAACUAUCGCAAUCCCAAGUGAUUUCCAAGCAGGAGAUCGCCGAGGAGAGAGCCCAACAAAUGAAAUAUAAGUUGUGGGAGAUUAUGGUUGGAAUGUCUAGACCUGGUACAACCAUCAAACCACAUUUGACUGAGCAAGAAAAGAAAUUGCUGAACGUCAAGUACAAGAUUUUCAAUGAAUGCAUCGAUCUGCAGAGAAAAUGGAGAAAGGACGUUCAAGACGCUUUGAGUUGAACAAACAACGCCUCGGACUGUUUUUCUCUUCUUGUAAUUAAAAUAGGAGGACACAACAAGACUGCAAGCGCC